AUGUUCAUCAGCUCAAUUACAUGGUGGUUCAGUAAAUUCAUACAAAAGCCAAAAGCAGAUCUUUUAAAACUUUCAGAAAGCAAUCCAAUAAUGGGCUUGUGGCAAAAACAGUUUUAUUUCAGCACAGCUUUGUGGUAUAAAUUUUUGAAUGAGUUCAAGUUCAAUUCUCUGCCAAAAGCUGCAUUUGAAACAAUGAAACAAAAAGUGGAAUAA